CUCUUCUCUUUGUACCCGUCUCUCUCUCUGUACCUGUCUCUCUAUACCUGUCUGUCUGCAGGGAGGUUGAUCGUGACCAUCUGGGUGAUCGUUUCUCCUUCCAACUCCAAACAGAAGUACACACUCAAGGUGAAUCACGACAGUUUACCUGAGCAGCUGAUUGCAGAAUCCAUCAGGAAGAAAAGCCGAUCGAUGCAUCUUUCACCUCAACAACUUCGCCUCUGUGUCCAGGAGUACCAGGGGCAGUACAUCCUGAAGGUGUGUGGCUGUGAUGAGUACCUGUUGGAGAAGUUUCCUCUCAGUCAGUACAAGUACAUCCGGUCCUGUAUCAUCGUAGGACGUCUUCCUCACCUGAUGCUCGUCUCCAAAGACAGUCUCUACUCUCAGCUUCCUGCCUCUGGCUUCGUCACGCCGUCAUACAGUCGUAGGACCCCCCAGCCGUCCCCCUGCCCGGGGGGGGGUGACGGGUCUCCAGCUAGGUGUCUCUGGGCCUUCAACACGCUGCUGAGGCUGCGGCUGCUCUGCGCCACGUAUGUCAACGUCAACAUCCGGGACAUCGACAAGAUCUAUGUGAGGACUGGUAUCUAUCACGGUGGAGAGCCGCUCUGUGACAACGUCAACACACAGAGAGUCCCCUGCUCCAACCCCAGGUGGAACGAGUGGCUGGCCUAUGACAUCUACCUGGCCGACCUCCCUCGCUCAGCCAGACUCUGCCUGUCUAUCUGCUCUGUGAAGGGAAGGAAGGGAGCCAAGGAGGAGCACUGUCCUCUGGCCUGGGGGAACGUAAACCUCUUUGACUACACCGACAUCCUGGUCUCAGGGAAAGUGGCUCUGAGUCUUUGGCCGGUCCCUCACGGCCUCGAGGAUCUCUUGAAUCCGAUUGGAGUCGCCGGUUCAAAUCCCAACAAGGAGACGCCCUGCGUGGAGCUGGAGUUCUCCUGGUUCAACCAGACCGUCGCGUUCCCCAACGAGCAGCAGAUAGAAGAGCACGCCACCUGGACCAUGAGGGGGCUGAGCAGUCGUCUGGCGUGUGACAGCAGUGUUCCAGCAGGAGAUGCUGAGCAGCUGCGUUCUCUCUGCUCCAGAGAUCCUCUCUACGAGCUCUCGGAGCAGGAGAAGGACUUCCUGUGGAGGCACAGACAUUACUGUGUAAACAUCCCAGAGUCUCUUCCGAAGUUGCUUCUCUCCGUCAAAUGGAACUCCAGAGACGAAGUGUCUCAGAUGUACUGCCUGCUGAAGGAGUGGCCUCUGAUGGAGCCUGAGUCGGCUCUGGAGCUGCUGGAUUGUAACUUCCCUGACCCGAUGGUCCGAGAGUUUGCUCUGCGCUGCCUGGUCAAGGGCCUGACGGAUGACAAGCUGUCCCAGUACCUGCUGCAGCUGGUCCAGGUGUUGAAGUACGAGAUGUACCUGGACAAUCCUCUGGCUCGCUUCCUGAUCAAAAAGGCUCUAACCAAUCAGAGGAUAGGACACUUCUUCUUCUGGCAUCUCAAGUCGGAGAUGCACAACAAGACGGUGUCGCGGCGCUUCGGGCUGCUGCUGGAGGCCUUCUGCCGAGCCUGUGGGAUGUACCUCAAACACCUCAACAGACAGGUGGAGGCCAUGGACAAACUAGUAAAUCUGACCGACACCCUGAAACAAGAGAAGAAGGAUGAAACACAGAAGACUCAGAUGAAGUUCCUGGUUGAGCAUAUGUCUCGUCCAGAUUACAUGGAGGCUCUUCAGGGGUUCGUCUCUCCUCUGAACCCGGUUCACCAGCUGGGAAACCUCAGGCUCGAGGAAUGCCGCAUCAUGUCGUCGGCGAAGCGGCCGCUGUGGUUGAACUGGGACAACCCUGACAUCAUGGCCGAGCUGCUCUUCACCAACAACGAGAUUAUCUUCAAGAACGGAGACGACCUUCGGCAGGAUAUGCUGACUCUGCAGAUUAUUAGGAUCAUGGAGAACAUCUGGCAGAACCAGGGCCUGGACCUACGCAUGCUGCCGUACGGCUGCCUGUCCAUCGGUGACUGUGUGGGGCUGAUUGAGGUGGUGAAGAACAGUUUCACCAUUAUGCAGAUCCAGUGUAAAGGAGGCCUGAAGGGGGCGCUGCAGUUCAACUCCAACACCCUGCACCACUGGAUCAAAGACAAGAACAGGGGAGAGGCGUAUGACCGGGCCAUCGACCUGUUCACCAGGUCGUGUGCAGGUUACUGCGUAGCAACGUUCAUCCUGGGAAUCGGAGACCGACACAACUCUAACAUCAUGGUGAAGGAGAACGGACAGCUAUUCCACAUCGACUUUGGUCACUUCCUGGAUCACAAGAAGAAGAAGUUUGGGUACAAGAGGGAGCGAGUUCCCUUUGUCCUGACUCAGGACUUCCUCAUCGUCAUCAGUAAAGGAAUCCAGGAGUCGACCAAGACCAAGGAGUUCGAGAGGUUCCAGGAAAUGUGUUAUAAAGCCUACCUGGCCAUCCGGCAGCACGCCAGCCUCUUCAUCAACUUGUUCUCGCUGCUGCUCGGCUGUGGGAUGCCUGAACUGCAGAGCUUUGACGACAUUGCCUACCUGAGAAAGACCCUGGCUCUAGAGAAGAGCCAGCAGGAGGCGUUGGAGUAUUUCACCAAACAGAUGAAUGACGCUCAUCACGGGGGCUGGAGCACCAAGAUGGACUGGAUCUUCCACACCAUCAGACAUAUGCCCAACGAACACUGA